CAGAAAGGACUUGUCACGGUUGAUUAUAAGAAUCGUUCAAUGGUGGGUGUUGAGCUUUGAAAAUGCUGCUUUUGUUUAUUGAAGCCCCGCUUAUGCUGGGGGUGCUACAGGCUGGUUGUUGUCUUGUUGAAGACAGUCUGCUGUUUGUCCUCUUUCUGGAUGGUUGAUUGUGUUGUGAUAGUUUCGUGUUUGCCGUCUUGGUCUCGAGCAAUUGACUAAAAGUGAAGAGACUAAGUUACUCGCCAAUGUGAAUAAUCGAGCUUCCGCGAUGUCAUUUACAGUGUGCUCUUACAAAGGCUGCACAAACAGUGCAGCAAAAAUCAAAGGACUGAAGAUGUUCCGUUUUUCCAAAUCUUUAUCAGAAAUUUGGAUACGUCAUACAGGAAAUUCUGAUUUGAUUGGACUAUCUCCAACAAAAUUGAACAAGCUAAAGAGAGUCUGUGAGCAGCAUUUUCGAGAAUCGGAUAUUCUGCCAAGUGGCCGAUUGAUGAAUGGCGCUGUUCCAUUGUGCUACGUUGCACCAGAAGUAAUACCUGGCCCUUCACACCCACCACUUGUUCCAGAAUCCCCUACACCGACUCUAAUAGAUCAUCAUCCACUCCCCGAAAAUAUAGAAAUAUUAGUGCAUUGGCAGUGGGUCAACGAGAGCUGCUCACCAGUUGACACCAAGUCAUAUCUGGCCGAAUAG